AUGCUCAGCCAACUCUCUCGGGCCUCUCGCGCUGUUGCUGCUCGCGCCGCCAAAGCAAAUGCCGUCCAGGUGAGGGGCUUCAUUGCCCCUACCGUCUCCCGACGAGCCGACUUCGUCCAGGAGCUGUACCUCAAGGAGCUCAAGGCCUACAAGACCCCCGCCGUCAAGGAGUCCGACGCCGAGGGCCAGGUCCAGGUCUUCACCAUGCCCAAGACCCCCGCCUCCCCCGAGGAGGCCAACCUCGCCGACAGCCUCAAGGCGUACGAGUCCAUGGCCGUUGAGAUCGAGGGUCAGGACGCCUCCGCCCAGACUUCCGCCGGCGUCGCCCAGCUGCCUGACUGGCUCGAGGCCGAGGAGGAGGAGGAGCCCCACCACUAG